AUGAGAGCUGUGCGCGAGAGGGCGGCCUUUGCCGCCAUUUUGGGAGGCGGUGCUGUGAGGGUGGCAGUUGAGGAGCCUCGCCCGACCCCUGUUCUGGGCGAGUUUGGGGACAAGAGUUCUUGUGUAGAAAAUGUUAGCGCAUUGAAUCUCACAAGUUCUUCUUCUGUGCGAGGCCUGAAUAGCACAUGUAUAGGAAAAACACCCCUCUCUACUAGAUCUGUUUGCAGAAGCCAUACCCCUCUUAUGGGAUAUUCAGUUACAUCCUCAUCUGCAGUCUCUGCUCAUACUGUUGCGUCGGUUAUUGUAGCUGUAGUAGAAGGAAGAGGCCUUGCCAGAGGUGAAGUAGGAAUGGCCAGUAUUGACUUAAAAAAUCCUGAGGUGAUAUUAUCACAAUUUGCGGACAAUACAACUUAUGCCAAGGUUAUUACUAAACUCAAGAUUUUAACACCACUAGAAAUAAUAAUGUCAAACACUGCUUGUGAUGCAGGGAACACAACAAAAUUGUUCAGUCUGAUAACAGAACAUUUCAGGAAUGUGACUUUUACAACAGUCCAAAGAAAAUACUUCAAUGAAACAAAGGGUUUGGAAUACGUAGAACAAUUGUGUGCAUCUGAAUUCAGCACCAUUUUCAUGGAGGUUCAAUCAAAGUAUUACUGUCUUGCAGCUGCUGCAGCUUUGCUAAAGUAUGUUGAAUUUAUUCAAAAUUCAGUUUAUGCUCCUAAAUCACUCAAGGUGCGUUUCCAGGGGAGUGAGAAAACAGCUAUGAUAGAUUCAUCAUCAGCGCAAAAUCUUGAACUAGUAAUUAAUAACAGAGAUUCUCGGAACAGUCACACGCUUUUUGGUGUCCUAAAUUACACUAAAACUCCAGGUGGAAGUCGAAGACUUAGAUCCAAUAUCCUGGAGCCACUAGUUGAUGCUGAAACAAUUAACACAAGACUAGACUGUGUUCAGGAAUUACUCCAGGAUGAGGAGCUCUUUUUUGGCCUUCAAGCAGUUAUCUCAAAAUUUCUGGAUACAGAACAACUACUUUCAGUUUUGGUACAAAUUCCAAAGCAGGAUACGGUUAAAACUGCUGAAUCAAAAAUAACUAAUUUAAUCUACCUGAAGCAUACUCUGGAACUUGUGGAGCCUCUAAAAGCUGCUUUAAGAAGCUGUAACACUCCGCUGCUAAAGGCUUAUUACAAUUCUCUUGAAGAUACAAGAUUCGGAAUUAUACUUGAAAAGAUUACAACUGUAAUUAAUGAUGACACAAGGUACACAAAAGGAUGUCUGAAUAUGAGGACCCAGAAAUGCUAUGCUGUUAAGCCUAACAUCAAUGAGUUCCUUGACAUAGCUCGUAGAACAUACACAGAAAUUGUUGAUGACAUAGCAGGUAUGAUAACACAACUUGCAGAAAAGUACAGCCUACCAAUGAAAACAAGUUUCAGCUCUGCUCGUGGAUUUUUUAUCCAGAUGAAUGUUGAUUGUUCAACAUUACCCAAUGGCCAGCUUCCUUCAGAAUUUACAAAGAUCACUAAAAUGAAAAACACAUACAGCUUCACUUCAGCAGAUUUAAUAAAAAUGAAUGAAAGAUGUCAGGAGUCCCUGAGAGAAAUAUAUCACAUGACCUACUUAAUAGUGUGUAAACUACUGAACGAGAUCUAUGAACACAUUCAUUGCCUAUACAAGCUGUCUGACAUUGUGUCAAUGCUGGAUAUGCUACUUUCCUUUGCCCAUGCCUGCACUCUUUCUGAUUAUGUUCGUCCAGAAUUUACGGAUACUUUAGCGAUCAAGCAGGGAUGGCAUCCCAUUCUUGAAAAGAUAGCUAUGGAAAAACCUGUGUCUAACAACACAUAUCUGACAGAGGGUAACAAUUUUGUCAUUAUCACAGGACCAAAUAUGAGUGGAAAAUCAACAUACCUAAAACAGAUUGCACUCUGCCAAAUUAUGGCACAGAUUGGUUCUUAUGUCCCAGCAGAGUAUUGUUCUUUUCGAAUCGCAGAGCAAAUUUUUACCAGAAUAGGUAUGGAUGACGAUAUAGAAACAAAUGCAUCAACAUUCAUGAAGGAAAUGAAAGAGAUAACAUACAUCAUACAAAAUGCUAAUGACAAAUCACUCAUCAUAAUUGAUGAACUUGGCAGAGGUACCAGUGCUGAAGAAGGUAUUGGCAUUUGUUAUGCUGCCUGUGAAUAUCUAUUGAAUUUAAAGGCAUUUACAUUGUUUGCUACACAUUUCCUGGAACUGUGUCAUAUGGAUGCUUUAUAUCCCAAUGUGGAAAAUUACCAUUUUGAAGUGCAACAUGUGAGAAGCAGUGCUGGAAAGAAGGAGAAAAUUGCUUACACUUAUGCACUCUCUAAAGGAUAUACAGAGGAAAAGAACUACGGAUUAAAAGCUGCAGAAGUUUCCUCCCUACCAUCAUCCGUAAUUUUGGAUGCAAAGGAAAUCACAAAUCAUAUUGCAAAACAAAUUUUGCACAGGCAGAAAAGCACUCCUGAGAUGAUGAAACAGAGAGCUGUAUACCAUUUAGCAAUGCGAUUGGUUCAGACUGCCAGAAAUUCUCGAUUGGAUCCAGACAGUUUGCGUAUAUAUUUGAAAGGCUUGAAGAAAAAGUAUGAAGCCGGUUGUCCUGCACCUGGACAAAAUGAUGAGCAACA